AUGGAAACUGAUAAUUAUGUGAAUGAGAAUGGAAGUUGUCAUGGAGAAGAAAAGAAUAAUGAUCAUGUACAUAUUCAUGCUUUUGGUCAAGAAUUUCCUGAUUGUUGUGGUAUAAAAAUUCCUAGUGCUAUAGGUGCAAAUCAAAUGGGUAUAAGAGAAGAAGCAACAACCACUUUUAUAGAUGUUCUUAGUGAAGACGAAAGGUUUAACAAACUAAUUCAAAACCUUCAACGGACACAACUUAUACCUUAUUUAAAUCAUUUACCAAGUGCGACUUUGUUUGCUCCGAUAAAUGAAGCAUUUGAAUAUGAACCUUUUAUCACCAAAGAACGUAUGCUCUAUCAUCUUUUAAAUUUAGAGCUCCGAGGUGAUGAAUUUUUUGACGGACAAUUAUUAACAACCCAUUUAGAGAUAGUUGAAAAACUUGGAAAAGGAGAAAUAGGACAAAAAUUAAAAGUCGAAAUUUCUGAUGGAAAAUAUGUUGGAAAUGCCAAGAUCAUUAAUACUGACUUGAUGGCUGAUAACGGUGUUAUUCAUGUGAUUGAUAAAGUGUUGAAAACUCCUCUUGAUGCUUUUGGGACAUUAACAUCAAUUGAUCAACUUCACAUUUUCGUAAAUUAUCUUCGUAAUACUAAAUUGGACCGCCAAAUAAAAUAUGGAAAUCAUAUAACUGUCUUUGCUGUUACGGAUGAUGCAAUUAAUCAUCAAUUUAAAAGUGUUGAGAGAGAAUAUUUAACUGGUGAAUGUGGUGGUGGAAUUAAUGAUGCAACAAUUCUUAUUAAACAUCAAUUACAUUUUGAUAAAGUUCUUUACUCAUCUUCAGUGGAAGAGGGUACAACUGAACUGGAAACAGAACAAGGAGAACCUUUAAUUAUCAAUCGGGAUGAACACGGAAAUAUUCGUGUUUCCAAUGGACUUGUUACCUUAAAAGAUAUGUUGGCAGAAAAUGGUGUUAUUCAUGUUGUGAAUAAUAUUUCUAUUCCUCAAGCAUUAUUUUUCAAUGUACACAAAUAUUUAUGUGGAAUGAGAGCUACUAAAAUUGUAUCAGGAUUUAUGAAAUAUAAAUUAGAUAAAUAUAUAGAAGAUAGGAAUGCUUCAUAUACGAUAUUUGCUCCUCGAGAUGAUUUAUAUGAUGAAAAUGCUCGUACGGAAGUUUUAAAAUAUCAUAUUGUAAAAGGGAAAUAUAAUGUUAAAGAUCUCAAAAAUCAUAUGUUUAUUAAGACUGAAUUGAGAACUGAAGAAUUAAAAAAUCAUAGACAAAGAUCGGAAGUAGCGAUUUUACCUAAUUUUGUUAAAGAAAAUGAUUCAAUUAGUAGAACUGAAAUUCUAAUUAAUGAUGCAAGCGUUAUUGGCGAUCCUGUUGAGAUUGGAAAUUCAAUUAUUUAUCUGAUAUCAAAAACGCUCUCUCCACCAAGUGACGUCAUGUCAUACGCUAUACGUAACAGGCAACUUAAUGCAUUUGUUAGUGCAAUAUUUGCAAGUGACAUGCAAACCGAAGUUCAGAAUGCCAAUUGGGUAACUAUUUUUGCUCCAACUAAUUCGGCAUUUACAAAAAUUGGACUUAUAACAAGUUAUCUUUUACAUCCUGAUGGUAAAGAAGAUUUGAGAAGUGUAGUAGAAUAUCAUAUGCUUAAUGAAACUAUAUUAACCGAAGAUAUUCCUCAGGGUGAAUCUAAAUAUAGUACAAUUGAUGGUAAUCCAUUAAGUAUUAUACGUGAUGGUGAAAAAAUAAAUGUUGAAAUUGCUAAUGGAACUUCAACAAUUGUUCAACCUGAUAUACUUACGUCAUCAGGAGUUUUACAUAUAGUUGAUUCUGUACAACUUCCACCAAGUUUACAUAUUACUUUAGAUAAAAUUCUUAAAGGAAUUGGUGCUACUACUAUGUUAAAAAUUUUAAAGAUAGCCAAUCUUUCAGAAAUUCUUAAAGAUCCUUCUGAACCAUUUAUUAUUAUUUCUCCUACUGAUAAUGCAUUUAGGGAAAUAAUAAUUAAAAGAAAUAUUUCAUUAGAUGAACCUGAUGAAGUUUCACGAUUAGUUAAAUUACAUGUUAUUCCUGGAACAAGUCCUGAACUUUCUGAUGGAAAAGAAUUUCCUACAUUAUUAUCUAAUGAAGCUAAAUUAAUAAUAAGAAAAGAUAUUUUACAUGGAGUAUAUAAAAUAGAAGUUAAAGGUGAAUUUAAUUUAUUUGGUAAAGCUAAAAUAACUGGUAUUGGAAAAACCUGGAAUGGAGGAGCGGUUUAUGAAGUUGAUAAAGUUUUAUUACCUAGACAUCAAGUAUCUCAAAUUGGAAGUGCAUUCUUUGGAAUUACAAUCGGAAUAUUAAUUGCUACCUUUAUUAGUAUGGGAGGUGGACUUGGUUUACAUCAUUAUCAAAGAUAUCGAAGAAGAGUAGGAUAUCAACCAAUUUCAUAA